AUGAAAGUAGACACAUUAUGGACGAAGGCUUUGUAUAAAAACCAGAGCAAUCCUUGCAGAAAUUAUUCAGUUGCCAACAUUAACAACAGAAACAUGUACGCCAAGUUGAUCAUCGCUCUUUGCGCCCUAGGCGUCGCCCACGGCAGUGGACUGUUGGCUGCCUCCCCGGUGGCUUACGGGGCCCACGGCAGUGGACUGUUGGCUGGAUCCUCGGUGGCUUACGGCGCCCACGGCAGUGGACUGUUAACUUCCGGCCCGGUAGCUUACGGCGCUCACGGCAUCUCCGCCUACAGUGGCCACGCUAUCGCCGCUCCCGCCGCCGUUGUAUCCCGGACGAUCACCCCCGCCGUGUCCUCUGUGUCUUCAUACUCGACACAGACCGCUCACGCCACACCUGUGGCUUACGCUCCGGCAGUCGCCCGCACUUACGCCGCCCCCGCUAUCACCUCCUACGCCGCCGCCCCCGCUGUCGCCACUUACGCCGCCGCCGCCCCAGUUGCCGUAACUAGGACCAUCACCCCCGCAGCCACCUCCUACUCUUCUUACUCCACCCAGACCGCUCACGGAUCUCCCGUCGCCACCUACGCCGCUGCUGCCCCAGCAGUCACCACCUACGCCGCUGCUGCCCCAGCAGUCACCACCUACGCUGCUGCCGCUCCCGCCGUCGCCGUGAGCCGCACCAUCUCCCCUGCCACCACCUCUUACUCCUCUUACUCGAGCCAGACCGCUCACGGUGCUAGGGCCUACGUCGCCGCCGCUCCCGCUCUCGCGUCUUACGCUCGCACCUACGCCGCGCCCGCCGUGUCCACCUACGCCGCACCCGCUUACUCAACGUACGCCGCUGCGUCUCCCGCUUACUCUACCUACGCCGCUGCGGCUCCUGCCUACUCUACUUACGCCGCUGCCUCUCCCGCGUACUCUACCUACGCCGCUGCCUCUCCCGCGUACUCUACCUACGCCGCUGCCUCUCCCGCGUACUCUACCUACGCCGCCGCCUCUCCAGUGUACUCCAGCUACGCUUCGGCCGCCCCCGUGGUCAGAUCAUCUCUGGCGUACUCCGCUGCUCCCGCCGUCUCUCACAUUUCCUACAACGCCCACGGCGCUAACUACGGUUGGUAA